AUGACUCUCACCGAUGAGGAGCUCGACCGCGACUGGCAGCCCAACGGCCGUCGCCCUCAAUCAACCAUCGCCCGCUCAUUUAGCGCAGAGCUGAUGGACAUAUUCCGCAUCGAAAACUCUCUGACCGACCUGGAUCAGCAAGUCCACGAUAAGAAACAAACCGUCGACAAGAACGCCGAAGAGCUCGCCGCUCUUGAAGCGCGCAUUCGCGAAAUGGAAGACCGUCUUCGCCGCUCCGCAGGCGGUUCUCAGUCACGAUCUCCACUGCCUCAGACGCAGACCGCCAAUCAGGCUCAGACACAGGCUCAGCAGCACAGCUCCCUCGACGCCCCCAAGGACGACUCCAAGGCUCGCUCACGACCGGGAACUGCCCGCGCUUCCCAGCAAGCUCCCUCGUCAGGCAACAUGCCCCCGACCCCGGGUGCCAGUGAAGGUGAAUACUACGUCGUCACCCGCGAUGACUUGCAAGACGGCCCGCGCUGA